AUGGAGGAGACGACUUUCAUCAUGAUCAAGCCAGAUGGCGUACAACGACGUUUGGUGGCACCCAUCAUAGCGCGUUUUGAGAACCGUGGACUAACGCUUGUUGCGAUCAAAAUGGUGAACACCAGCGAGGCCCUGAUCGAUCAACACUACGCGGAACUGGUGAAUAAACCAUUUUAUCCAGGGCUGAAGCAGUACAUGCUCAGCGGUCCGGUUAUUGCAAUGGUUUGGAAAGGUAAAGCUGCUGCGGCGCUGGGUAGGGCGAUCGUCGGUGCAACCAACCCGAAGGAGUCUGCACCUGGGACGAUCCGUGGCGACUUUUGCAACGACGUAGGGCGAAACGUCAUUCACGCCUCAGAUAGCGUGGAGAGUGCGAAAAGGGAGAUCGCACUCUGGUUCAAACCUGAAGAACUGGUGCACUAUGUGCCGUGUGACCUGGGCUGGGUCUACGAGAACGUUUCUUAG